CUCGGGCUCUGGUGGAGCUGGUGGUGCCUCUGAAGUCUCAGCUGCUGCCACGUGAUGGGCAAAACUUCCCCUUCCUGGUUAGGUAGGACGGCGGUUACCGAGGUCCGAGCAGGAGCAGAGCUGCACCUUCAGCUCCUCAGAACAGAGGGUUCUCCAAGAAGAGUCACCCAUUCCUGCCUAAAAUAUUUAGAAAGAUGUCUAGUCAAUCAGCGAAAGAAAGACCCGAAAGCUUGCAGUACCCUUUCCUUGAUGAUGAAGACACCAUCUCCAUAGUCAAAGAAUCUAAAACCUUUUUUAUUCUACGGGGCCUGCCCGGCAGUGGGAAGUCCACCCUGGCCCAGGCUAUCCAGGAUAGGUAUAAAGAUGCCUGCAAGGUCAUCUCUGCCGACAGCUAUAAAAUUACACCUUUAAUAAGAGGCACCAUUCCUGAAGAAUACUCCAAGGUGGAUGAGGAUCUAGUUGACUAUUGCAAACGAGAUAUCAGCGUUAUCGUUUUGGAUGACACUCAUCAUGAGAGGGAGCGACUGGACCAGCUCUUUGAUAUCGCUGACAAAUACCGGUACAAAGUCAUCUUUGCCGAGCCCAAAACCCAGUGGCGAAUGGAUUGCUCGCAGCUGAAGGACAAGAAUCAAUGGAAGCUGUCGGUGGAAGAGCUGAAGAAGAUGAAGCCGAGCUUGGAGAAGGAAUUCCUGCCCAUGUAUUUUGGGUGGUUUUUGAGCAAAAGAAGCUCGGAGAUCCUGAGGAAGGCUGGCCAGGCCUUCUUGGAUGAGCUUGGGAGCCUCAAAGCCUUCAAGAAGGAGAGCAAAUACUUUGCUUCUGCUGUUGAAGACCCCAAAAUAAAGAUCGAUCUCACCAGCUACUUUGUGAAGAGGCCGCCCGGGGUCUUGCACUGCACCACCAAAUACACAGAGUUUGGAAAAGCAGCUGGAGCUGAGGAAUACGCACAGCAAGAAGCUGUGAAGGCUUCGUAUGGCAAAGGCUUCACCUUAUCCAUCUCUGCUCUGUUCAUCACAACAAAAACUGUUGGUGCUCGGGUAGAGCUCAGCGAGCAGCAGCUGCUGCUGUGGCCGGGAGAUGCCGACAAGAUCCUGCCCACCGACAACCUCCCAAAAGGCAGCCGGGCACACAUCACCCUCGGCUGCGCCAACGGCAUCGAAGCAGUGCAGACAGGGCUGGAUCUGCUGGAGUUCGUAAAGCUGGAAAAGGCAGGGAACAAAGGGGAUCAAGUGGGGGAGAUUGGAGGAGGGAAACUGUUGUAUUUUGAUAACGGCAUGUGGAUGCUCCUCCUUUCCAAGAAGAUCGAUGUGAGGGCGAUAUUCUCGGGUUACUAUGGGAAAGGGAAACUUGUGCCAACACAGAGCACCAACAAACGGGGCUCUGCUUUUAGUUCCUGCACCAUCAUCUAAGAGCACGCAGGGCAGCGGGUUGGUUCGGUUUUAAAAGGCAAGUAACUCCCGUAACCUCUAAAAGUGUAAAAAGAAAUAAUUCUCCCUGUACUAAAGCAAGCCCUCUCGCCAGCCCCAGUGUGGAGCCUCCCUGGGGAGAGUUUGUUGGCCUCCAGAAAGGAAGAAAACAAGCAGCUCCUGGCUGACAAAUGUCAGUAACGGAGUGCUUUUAGUGGAAGAGGUCUGGAGAAAACCAGCCAUGGUGGUGGUGGUGCUCUGCUUGUUUUCUUCCUUGGAGGGUCAUCUCUGCUCUUUUGUAACUUCCCCCUGAGCCACAAUCGUGAGACCUUUACCUGUCGGUACUGCACGCCCUGGCAGACCAAAGCCAAGCGAAGGGAACUGGGUAACGCUGCUCUCCUUCUUCCAAGCCUGAAGGACUGAAUCAGCCAUUCCUGGAGCUGAAUUCCUGGGUAUAAACCAGCCAGCACCAGCUGUGGAUCACUUGUCAUGGCAGUUGCUCAUAGUUCAGAUUCCUCCACUGCCGGGCAGAGAUGCGGAGUGGACUGCAGGGAAACCCAUUGCCAAGCGAUGUCUUAAAGAGCCGUCGCAGACUUUGAAAUGUCCCAGAAAGGGAAAAUCCCAGGAGAUGCAUUCAGUUCCCGCAGCACGGCUCCAGUCAUUUCACUCCACUAGAUCAAGCAGUGUCCGGUGUCCUUGUCCUGUAGGGAACAAUCCUGCCUUGGCAGGGAGUGGAAGAGAUGAACUAAUGUCUUUUCCAUCUUUUAGAAACUAAAAUCAUGUCUGAAGUGCGGAACUGUACUUCAUGCAAGAUUUUACUACUUCUCUCUAAUGCACUUGAAUGUUAAAAGUUAGGCUGGCAGUAACAUUGUAAGUUAGGAAGUAAGCGGAGGUGCUGUAACUGCAUAACUUGAGGCUGCUCGUACCUAAACUGUUGGCUGGAAAAAAAGUUAACGAUAAAGCACGUCUGUUUUAUUGAAACUUAAGUUCUUGCUCUUAGCCUGCCCGCCAGUCAUCAACAGAGACACGGCCACUGCUUAACCGUAAUGCGAAGCUCAACUAACAGACUCAGGUUAAACUCACGCUCUGGCUCCCUGUUUGGAACUAAUCCCUGCUAACGGAUGUAAAUACUUGCUGUGUUGGAUACGCGUGUGCUGGGCUGGUGGCUGUAAAGGAGCUGUGGGAUGGGCACAGCUUGGCUGGGCACGCUCCAACACCGUUCCUGGGGAAGCCCAACGCUGCCGGUGCCAGAAGAGUUUCUCCUCGGAAUGUUUAUAACAAAAGCAAGGCGUGCUCUGGGAUCAGCGGGAAGAGUUUACUGAUAAAGCACAAUAUUUCCUGCUGUUUCAAAACAACGGAUGGCAAAUUCGCCUUAGAACAAAAUCUGUACCAACCCAGACCUCGCAAUCCUCCCUUCAACGGAGAAACCUCUGUUGGCUUCCGCACCGGCAGCGGGGCGAGAGCCCAAGACACAAAUCCCAUAAAGGUGAGUUUAAAAUGUAUUUACCAGGAGAGCCUCUGUGGGAGCGCGUUGAGCUCCUCUCUCUCCGGCACCUUGGAACAACCCAAAGCUCCAGAUCACAUCCAGCACCGAAAUGCACAGCUGGAGUAUCGCAUUUAUUUGCCUGUUCAAGAACAACAGUGAGAUUGUCGUCAUUCAAGUUUUUAUUAGUUUGUACAUCAUAUACAGUUUAUAAUAAAGUAAACCAAUUGCAUAUGGUUUCGCUUCAGUCUGUGAGAUUCUUCAUAUAAACACAUCAUUAUGGAUUCUGCCUAAUGAAGUAAACAACAAAUAUUCACAUUUUUUUUACCAUUCACAUCCUAGAAAGUUAAGGGUCCGCAGAGGGACAGUGUUCACGCCGAUGGGAAGCCUGGCUUAGAGAGGAUGACAUGUUUGGCAAAGCGAUGGGGAUCAUGAUUGCUCCAUGCAAUGCUCCUUUCCUCCCACGGGAAAGGUUCCGGUAUUUACACUGAGGUAAACAGGCUUUCGAUUCAGAUAAAUACUGCAGCACGGGGUCUGGCGUCCUCUCCAAGCCGGCUUCACAUCGGUGCCGGGAUUUGCCUUGCCUACUCCUCAAUGUCGUUACAACGCGGCAGGGACGCAUGCAGAGAAGGCGCGUGGUUCCCUCUUCCACACUUGGCCCCUCCACCACUGCUCCAUGCCCUUUUCCCUUCCGAAGCCAGAGCUAUUGAGUGACGACAGGGGGGGCAGAUGGGGCAACGGCCACGGAUCUGGCUCUGCCAGGGCUGUGGCAGCAUCCGGAGGCAGCAUCCCAGCUCUCCCACCAGGUCUCUGCCUCUUCCCCAGCCACCCCAACGCCGCUUCACCUCCGUGCUUCGCUCCCGUUCCCCACCAGAGCUUUCCUUCCGAGGGCAGAUCUGUGCUAGAGUGAAAACUUGCCCAGCACUACUCAGAGAGCAGGGCUAAUCCUGACCCUGCGCGAGCGGGGACACCCAGGGCACGUGCAGGGAGGCCAAAGCGCUACACAUCAUCUUUCAAUGCCAAGCUUGGGGAGCAGGGACAAGUGGGACAUCUCCGAACGUGGCAGGGCACCCAGGAGAACAGAGGCUACGGAACCGCUGCGGGCCCACCUUCGCUACGGCCUGAGGGACCUCAGCACCGCUCGGAGAAACCCAGGGAGAUGGACACACAAGUGAUCCUUUAUCCCGAAGGAAAGGGUAGGGAGGGUACAAGGCACAAAUUUAAACGGGAUGAAAAGCAUCCGCUCGAAGAUAAGGGAAUAGCUUUAGUUCUUAGGGAAACUGAGGAAAUAAUUUUCAAAGAAGAGCAAACCACUGGCUGGUCCAAACGCUUUGGUCAUUCCAUGGGUUGAUGAGUGAUUUGGCCAAGGGCAGCUGGCUUGGAGACCAGCGCUGUGCGUUUCUGUAUCGGAACGAACGGCAGCACAGCAGCUUUCACUGCUAGAUACAGCAAAACUCCCAGGGACUUGCACUAUUCCAUGGUUAACAAUACUGUUAUCCCUAAAUUUUUUCUUUCUCCUUUUAUUUCAGUUUGCAUUAAUGUAUUGACAAUAGUCAGAGCCUUCAGCACAGCGAUCCAGCUUUGCCGCAACACUUCCAAGUUUCCAAACCAUGCACUUUUAUGGCUCUCAGUGCUCCCCACAAAGACGGAGAUGACCCAGCAUCCACUUUUAAAGUAAAUCCACACAAGGAAAAACACACCAAGCUUUGUGGCCUCGAGGUCAGACGAGGUCAGACGAUAGCACAUAGAAGUGUCUUCCACACACUGAUGUGUGUUUUCAUUUGUAAAUCAUGAAAUUACUUCCAUUUUCAUUUGAAUGCAACCACAUUUCACUAAUUGGAAACAUCCCUGCAGCAGCUAAGACACCACCAGUAUCCUGACAGAGGCAAAACAACAUCACCAGGGGAGCUUCAGGGUCUAAUGAUUCCUUAUCUCCUUGCAAACCCUACACAGCCAUAAUGAUGUAGCUUCACUUCACACGCCCGGUCUGCCGAAAGCCACGCUCCCUGCACGCACAGGGCUUUUCCCUGCACUCGACAGCUUCCCCCGAGGAAGCUGACAGCCAUUCCCAUCAGCUAUCGAGCUCUCCUUCCAUUCCAUCUGUUAAAAUACCGCUCCCUUCCACGCCAGCUUGGCCUGGCUUUCAGCCACAUCAGCUCUGCUCUCUCCCGGCACUUCCCACAUGCAAAAGCUCUCUCAGCGCUAACCAUUCCCCCUGGGAAGCCUCAGAGCUGCUCAGUGCUUGGAUUUGGGGCUGUUGAGCGUACAGGGCUGGGCACGAGAGGCUCCGCACAGGGGAACGCUCUGGGGGCAAACGCGGGUACAGCUCAGGGUUAAGUACCAAGGCUCUUGCUCUUACACCAAAAAAGAAACCUUUAGUAACUAUAGACUGCCUUCCAAGAAACGCAACUCUUCCCAUCAAAAGGAAGGGCUUUCCCAAUCGGUUUCUUCCACGUGCCAGGCACAGGUGGAGGCUUAGCCACACCGAAGUAAAUCGCUUCUAAACAAGACUUGACGCUCGUGUAUCUCUGCGGUGCAGAGGAUCACCAACAGCAAUCGCCUCCCAUCGCCUUAGGAAAACCACAGGCCUGACACCCCUUUAAAACACAAAUUCAUUCCCUCCACAGCCGAUUCCUCCCUCGGGUAGCUCCUGCCAAGCCAAAGGAACCUGGGUGUGUGUGGCUGCAGGGUGGCGGUAGCCAGAAAAAUGGCACUAAGGUUCUCUGUGCCUAAGUACAAAACAAAGUUUUGUAACUAUCGAGUGCAAAAGGCAACAUUUCAAGCACCGCACAGCAGAAACAGCGUCUGGUAUCUCCAACUUGGACUCAACCGGGGCACAGAGCCACUGCACCGCUAUCUCCUGUCCUGCGGUAACGCGAGAGUCACCAAAUGCCACUCAAGUCUCAGCUCUCCACACAAAAGGGAACCCGGGUUCACCUUCACACCUUGAAUCACACAAUCACGCUCUUCAGAAAAGUCUUGGCACUCACCAUAUUUAUAUUUAACUCCAUUAAGUCAUGCAUUCAUGUACAAUUUUAUAAAUAGCUGCUGUAUACGUUUUGUCUCAUGGAAGAGAAGCCAUUUCGCUGCUCUCCUGCAAGGAAUGGUCUCAUCCACAGUUUGGAGAGAAGCAGCCUGCUGGACUCAGCUGGGGGAAGGGGGAAUAAUAAUAAAACCCACUGACAAAUGCAGGACACGUCUCUGCAUGGUGACAAAAGACUGAGAAAAGUCCAAACUGUACAGUAAUAUCAACACAGAGCAGACGAGAUGUUACGCAUUCAGAACACCGCACUAAACCAAGCCCAGUAAAACCCAACGGAUGAGUGCCAUGAGGACUGGAGUAUCGACAUGCAUAGACCAGGACUUCAGUUGCCCAGAUAUUUCCUCUUUUGGAGCCUGAAAGAUGCUAGGACCAUGUUUUGUGCUCUUGGUGCAAUCGGGGUAACUCCAUCACCUUCCCUCAGUGCAAAGGAAGUCAGAAUAAAUGUUGUAGCCUAUUUUUAGAAAUACUACUGAAGAGUGGCUCAUUUUAAUAGGUCAUUUUCGAGUGAGAUGUAAAAUAUUUCCUUUCCUCUGCAGUACUAGAAUUUAAGCCCUUAAAUCUUCCCUCUAUGAAAGCAGAUUAUCAAAAGUUCUGUCAAAGAACGACCCCGGGACUGUGGUACUCGGCGGCGGCAGCACCACGACUCUAUUGCAACCGGCGGAAACGAAGAUAAAACUCGCGCUGCGGUCUAGCAACUCUGUCCCAUUGAACAGGACAAGGACAGCCCUCAGAAGGAAGGAAGACAAAGAUGUUAGCAUCCAAACGAAUCGUUUCAUGCAAUGAUUUCAUUGCAGUUUUCGUUCCUGCAGUAAGAAGUUAAAUCAGGUUAUUAUAUAAAAGUCAGUGUCAGGUUUCUAUAGGAAAGCCUUGCAUGUAUUUGCAUGAACACCCGUUUUCUCAGCCAAGCAAAAUCCAGCCCUUCAAGCAUCAUGGCACUCCAACGGAUCAGGUUAGCACACUCCGGGCACAGCAACGCUGCCAGGACUCGGCCCUCCAUGCUGGCAUUGCCGAGGGCCAACACACUUUCUCUCAAACCCCACUUCUGAGCCAGACCACCCGCAGCUCGGGCAGGCGCACACGCUGCGCUCCAGGACCGCUGUACAGCCAGUAUUUACCCGGAACAAAGCACCUGGUCACACCGAUUCUUCGCUCGCUAGAGAAAAGGGAGGAAUUCUGGAAGCAGAGUCCUCUCUCAGCUGAGAUUUUGCUGUAACACUACAUUUAUGGUGAAAAAUACAACAGCGU